UUCCCCGUCUCGCUUGCCAGGGGCUGGGAGGAGGAGGCAGGAGUAGCGGCUGUCACGCCGAAAGUGGUGCGAGCCCUCAGGUCUCCCCUGACGCCCCUUCCUCAGACCGAGAACAGGUACGGGCUGCCCGCCCGCAGAACAACUCUCAAUAAAAAUGGAAUUUACCAAUUUGAGCAGGCUUCAAAAUGUAAGGCAAUUCAGGACAACAUUUUGUCAUCUUCUAUCAAGAAGAAAAGAUACUCAGAAGAUUAUUAUCUUCACAUAGUCACAAAACUGCAGAACUGCACCUGGGUAAAGAAACCAGAAGAAACUACAAAAUUCAGGUCAGAAUUAGCUUCAUGCUGUGAUGCAGUCCACAAUUUUAUUGCUUCUCAAAGCAACAGCCCACUGGGAAGUAACAUGAGUUAUGAAGUGGACAGUAAAAAGACUAUCCUCAUUACAGAGGACAUUUUUAAGAUGCUGCCUGUGUCCUCUCCUCUUUCAGUCUAUCGCUUCAAGAACUGUGCUGUGGUUGGAAAUGGAGGCAUUCUGAAAAAUUCCAGCUGUGGAGAUGAGAUCGAUAGUUCUGACUUUGUGUUCAGGUGUAACCUCCCUCCAACUACAGGAAACCUUAGCAAAGAUGUUGGCAUUAAAACAAACCUUGUGACUGUUAAUCCGAGUAUCAUAGCUCAGAAAUACAAAAAGCUAAAUGAAAAGAAGACAGAAUUUCUGGAAAACAUUGCGGUCUAUGGAGACACUUUUCUUUUACUGCCGGCAUUUUCCUUCAGAAGCAACACAGCCACUUCUUUUAAAGUAUACCACACUCUGAAAGAGUUCAAAGCUACCCAAAGGGCAAUAUUUUUUCACCCCACUUAUCUGAAAAGUCUUGCCCAGUUCUGGAGAACUAAGGGUGUGAAAGCCUACCGGUUGUCAUCUGGUUUUAUGAUCACUAGUGCUGCUCUUGAGCUGUGUGAGAAUGUGAAGCUCUAUGGCUUCUGGCCUUUCUCAAAAUCCAUAGACAAGAUGCCCAUCAGCCACCACUAUUACGACAACCAGCUGCCUAAACCGGGUUUCCAUGCAAUGCCCAAAGAAUACAACCAGAUCCUUGAGCUUCAUGGCAAAGGCAUUUUGAAGGUGCAGUUUGGUAAAUGUGAAUCAGGCUAAAAAGGGUGAUGAUCCUAAGGAGACAAUUUGUGUGUAUCUCAGCAGUUCAGUGCUGGAUUUGAUCUGAUGUGAUUUUGUGAGCAUUAAACUGCAUUAUUACAGUAGAGAAAUAUUUUACACUUGGGGAGAAAAGGGAAUGAUUUUUUCACACAGUGACUGUUACAUUUACAAAUUUUGAGUGAUUUUUUAAAAUACAAAGUAAAAAUUAUUUGGAAAAUUCUGAAACUCCUUUCUGUUGGUUUAAUGGUAGCAAAGCACAAUCUCAGGAUGGUGGCAAUAUGUGACAUUCAUCAUGCUUUGUUUCUUAGAAGAUCAUUAAAAUAUUUUGACAUAAGAUCUCUGGUUUUGUUGAUAUCAUAUAUUAUAGGCAAUAGUCUCUGCAUGAAUUGGCAGUGAAUGCUUUCAAUUAUGAACUUCAUC